AUGAGUUCGCCUGCUCAACUAUCGCAACCAUUCGAUGUGGGUAGUAGUAGCAAGAACACCAGCAAUGAAAGUGAUAAUAGUGCCAUUCUUCAUUUAUCAAAUGUUGAUAUGUAUGAAUCUCAAUUCAAUGCUACUAUUGGCCAGGACACUUUACUUCCAGCUGAUCUCAUUACAUCCAAGACGUUGAGAGGCGAAGAUGAAGACCUUUCCCUCGAUGAUUCUAAUGAAUUUGAUCAAGAUUUAAUGGUUCCAACGUCCAAUAAUAAUACGAUUAAUAAUAAUAAUUAUAAUAAUAAUAAAUCUUCAUUUUAUUUAGGAGGAAAUGACUUUGAAAGUAUGUCGAUGUCAUCCAAUACCAUGCAUAAUCCUCAUAAUAUAGCUUCUCAACAACAACAAUAUCUUCAAAGACAAUUUGAAACUUCAAGAAAUCUUUAUAUUGAUGAUGGUAUUUAUAGUUCACAAUUAUUAUCUGGUAAUAAUAAUUUGGCCGCUGGUUUCGAACAUCAACUGCAACAACAUCAUCAUCAUCAACUGCAACUGCAACAGCAAUUGAGUGGAGGAAGAUAUAAUCAUCAACAGAAUUUCUCCAUAUCUUCCAAUUUCUCGAUUAAUCAAGAACCUCCUUCUCAGCAUAUUCCUCAAUCAAUUUCAACCAAUACAUUAUAUUCUGUGGAAUCGAUUCCUCAACUUUCAUCUUCAAUAUCUAAUCAAUCAUUGUCGGACUCGCCUUCUUCGUUACCUCAACUGCAACAACAGCAGCAGCAGCAGCAGCAACAACAAGUACUUCAACAACAACAGCAACAUCAACAACAACAAACUGGUCUUCAACAAUAUCAAAAUGCUAAACAACAAAUCACAGCCACACCAAGAAAAGGUGGUCGUAAGAAGUCAUUAUCAGUAUCUUCAACUACCAACUUGUACAAUACCCCAUUGAGAAUCCCCGUUAAUGCAAUGUCUCCUGUAAAUUUAGCUAAUCCAUCCCAAGGUGGGGCAAAAAUUGGUAAAACUCCUCAUUCUACGAAAGGUAAAGGUCAUUCAAGAUCAAGAUCUCGCAUGUCAAUUGAUGUUACUAAUACUCCUGCUAAUGCUGUUUCAUUAUUGAAUUCUAAUUUAACAUUGGCUACGAAAUCAUCCUCUAUCCAGAAUUUAAAUACUUUGGAUCCAUUUUAUACUCCUUCAUCCUAUAUUUCUCCUCAUCCAAAUCAUAAUCAUAAGAAUAAUUUGGAAUUAGAUGAUAUUGGAACUCCAUUAUUAACUCCUAAACAUUUAAGAAACAAUAACAAUAAUGGUAGUAUAAUGAGUCAAAAUACAUCGGCUUAUUUUAGUCCUGUUAAUCCAAGUCAUUUAAGUUCCAGUGGAGCUAAUACUAGUAUGAAUUCAAAUGGAUUACCAUUUGUAUUAAAGAGGCAUGAUACUCUUGAAUCCAUCAAGAUUGAAGAUCAAGAUGAUGAUGCUCUUAAACAAUUGAAAAAGGCAAAAUCAUAUUCUAGUAUUACAAAUGCAUCCAAGAAAUUAUCGAUUUCUUCUUCAACUUCAAAGCAAACUAUUCAUAAUAUAAAUGAACUUGGAAAUUUCAAUGAUUUAAAUACAUUAAAUUUACAAAUCCCAACCCAGCAAGAAUUACAACAAGUUGGAUUAGAUGAUGCUAAUCUUUAUUCAUCAAGUUCAACUCCUGGAAUGUUUUAUUCCCAAAAUUCUCCCCUGGUUACAUUUGGUCAACCUUUGAAUCUUAAUGAAGCUGCUGUUAAAUCAUUAUCAGUUCCCAAUACUGCGAAUGAUUAUGAUGCAAAUGUAUUUAAACCAAAUACUAAUAAAGGAAUUGAUUUAUUACUGCCAUCAUUUGUUAAUGCUAAUAAUGAAUUUAAUCAUAGUAAUCAAUUCAAUAAGAAUUUAACUAAAAAUUUAAAUCAAUCUUCAACUUUUACAAAAUCAUACCCUGCAUCAAUUGAUUUAGCUUCAAUUGCUACAUCUCCAGUGACUGAUGGUAAAUCAACCACUACGAUCAAUAAUAAUAAUAAUAAUAAUAAUCAAAAUAUUAUUCAAAAUGACAAUAACAAUAACUUUAGCCUUACGAGUAAUGCAUCUCGUCCAGGAUCUACCACGUCAUCUUCCCAGAUAUAUUCUUCAGCUAUGACACCAUUAACUCAUACUACUACUAAUACUAGUAUAAAUAACAAUCCUAUCACUUCUAAUAAUAACAAUAAUACUCAACAACUGAUGGGUUUAUUACCUCCCAUGGCAACAUUCCCAGUUGCAUCCCAACAACAAGACUUUUAUAAUAAUUAUUCCAUGCCGAUUGCUGCUAACGUUAUGACUGGUGCAUCAACAUUAUCAACAUCAAUCACACAAACACAAGGAUCACAUCAAGAUAUCAUUGUGAUGGGUUCAUCAUCUUCAUCGUCCACCAUGCAAGGCUCUCAAUUACCAGGUGGUGAUAAUGAUGAUGAUACAAUUAAACUUAACAAUAAUAAUAAUAAUAAAACUACUAAUACUACUAAAUCUAAAAAAUCAGAGAAAGAAAUUGAUAUUGCUAAAGAAGCAAAAAAGAGACACAAGUGUCCAAUAUGUGAUUCACGAUUCCAAAGACCAGAACAUGUUAAAAGACAUUUAAAGAGUCAUUCUUCGGAAAAACCAUUUGAAUGUGAUGAACCUGAAUGUGGUAAACGAUUUAAUAGAAAGGAUAAUUUAAAAGCUCAUCUUAAGAAAAUUCAUCAAAGAACUACUUUCAAUCUAUGA